GAUAUGGGAACAUAUGUAUAUAUAUAACUGAUUCAUUUUGUUGUGAAGCUGAAACUAACAUACCAUUGUAAAGCAAUUAUGCUCCAAUAAAGAUGUUUAAAAAAAAUAAAAAUAAAAAAAAAAUAAAAAAAAAUAAAAAAAAAAAAAGAAAAUCAAUACAAGGAGCCCUUCUGUUAAACCUGUACCCAACAAUUCAACUAAUAAAAAUAAAUUGAAGAAACUUCACUUUCUGGAAAAUUUUUAGAUGCAGAAACUGAAGAAAAAUUUGCUGAGGUUAAAAAGGAAGAAAAACCUGCAUACGCGUUCCAACCAUUUAAGUGCCAUGUUUAAACUCUACAUCUUUCAAAAGAAAUUGGAAGCUGCCCAACCACAGAAAGACAGCCUAGCAAAGAUUGAGAUUACAGAGAAACAUGUGCUGAGAGUGAACAGGGUCCUCAGGGGCCCAAGGGGCAUACAGAAAAUGCACCUCAAAGCAGUGGGAGAUGAGAGCGUCAGGAGGAAACAGAAUGCCCAGCAAUCUGUGGCGAACACUGCCGAAGAAAGAAGGCUCAGGAGGCCAUCCGCAAGAAAGCUGAAACAGCUUCUCAUGGUGCAGAGGCCCAGGAAGCUGGUGGGAAAGUCGUCCAAUGCAGAGUCUUCAUUCAUAAAGGAACACAAGGCAUCAGGCUCCUCUUCCCUGAAACAGUACUUCAAGGGCAGGCCUUCUGCCUCCAUCCCUCCAAAAUCCCCACCUGAGGUUAAAAACAAAUCAAAAGACUUUUCCCACACUAUUUUUGUUUUAGAAGCUGUAAAGGCUAGAGUUAGAAAUAUUGAGGCUCCUGAACUAAUCUCACCUUCUGGUGAAAAAUACAUCUUCCAUAAAACUCAGUCUCAUCGGGUCCACAGAAAACCCAAAGUCAAAAGGAGUCGAAAGUUCAGAAAGAAAAGUUCACUCAAUAGAAUGAUGCUUGCAAGCUGUCCGUUCUCUGUAGCGAGGAGUCUCAUAAAUUCCCCUCCAUGAGAGGCUGUUUCACCUUCAAGAGAAGUGACUUCUCAGGAAAAUCCUUUUCUAGCAUUAUUUUCUCUUUCAGACCAUUCUACAGAAUACACUACUUCAGAAAACAAUACUGCACAAAAUGUUUCUGAUGAAAUUAUUUCUAGAGGAAACUCUACUCUGCCAAGAGGAAACGGCCCUGGAAACACUACCCAUAGGAACGUCUUCACUGCACAUUCUACUGUUGCUGCAGACAACAGUAUGCCAACUGUUCAACACACCAACAAAACACAAUGGGAGUACCACAACACGGGCACUGAAUUAUCCUCCGAGCCCACAGGCUUCACUUUCCCAGGGCUCACAUCCCCAGGUGAUCAAGUUGAAACUCAGCUAAACCAGCAGCUACAGUCCCUCAUCCCCAACAAUGACAUGCGAAGGCUCAUUUCUCAUGUUAUCCAGACUUUGAAAAUGGACUGCUCAGAGACCCACGUGCAGCUGGCCUGUGCCAACCUCAUGUCUCAAACAGGCCUCCUGAUGAAACUUCUCAGCAAGCAGCAAGAAGUAAAUGUUUCCAAAGCGGAAUGGCAUACGGACCAGUGGAAAACUGACAACUAUAUCAGUGAGAGCACAGAAACCCAGAGUGAGCAGAAAGAGCAGGAGUCAAGUGAGCUCACAAAAGAAGUUCCAGGAUAUGGCUAUAACAACAAACUCAUCUUGGCAAUAUCUGUAACUGUAGUAGUGACGAUUUUGGUUACAAUUCUCUGUCUCAUUGAGAUUUAUUCUCAUAGAAUUGCAAAAGAGGAAGAUAAAAAAAGAAGCAGAAGGGGCUUUUUUCGAUUUCUGCUGCAUAAGAGAAGCUCAGGGGAAAGUGAGAGUCAGGAGGGCUUUUUCGGGAGAAGGCGGCCACUUUGACAUAGGGAUAUGUAUAGGCCUCUCAAUGCCACACACAAGGAAAAUAUGGCACAAAAGCUACACGACAGGGAGUCUUCUGAGGAAGAUAUUUCUCCAUCCCAGCAGAAGGCCCAAACUCAUCAUCUAGAGCUCACUGAUGAGGCUGAAUCUUUACCCCAGGAGACCGCUGCUCAGCAUCCACAGACCCCUGAGGAGGUUGAAUCUUUUUCACCCCAGGCAGAGGCCCAGACUCAGCAUCCAGAGCCCACUGAAGAGGUAGAACCACCUCCACUUCAGCAGGAGGCUCCAUCUCAGCCUUCAGAGGACCCUGAGGAACUAGAAACUCCAAGUCCUCAAGAGGCCCUCACCCGGCCUUUGGAGACACUUAAGGAGCUUGUAGUUCGACCAGUAGCGCAUCAUGGGGUAAAUGAAGCUCAGCAGUCAAACUUGUACAAUGUCACUAUUAAACCUAUGGAUCUGGCACUUACCAUAACUCCACAGGUCACUAAAUAGGUUGAUCCUUCUCCAGUCCAGCAGGAGACCCCAUCUCAGCCUCCAGAGAGCCGUGAGGAGGUUGAACCUCCAACAGUCCAGCAGGAGGCACCAUCUCAGCCUCCAGAGAGCCCUGAGGAGGUGAACCUUCUCUACUCCAUCAAGACGCCCCAACUCAGGCUCCAGGUCUCCCUACUGAGUAUGUACGUGAAAUUCCAGUGAGUGAAGAGGUAGCAUCUCUACCUGGCGUUCAGCGUCACGCUCAUUCCAA